AUAGAACCUACAGCUUUUAAAAGCUAUAUAAGUAAAGAAAUAGCAAUCGAAUGGAACGAAGUUCGGUAUGACCCUUUAGUAAAGCAACUCUUGAAGACAAUAGAAGGCGGUCACAUGUUUCACCCGGUGCGCCAGAAAGAGCACAUUACAAGAACACAGUUACAAAGAAUGCGCAAUAGCUUAAACUUCGGCAACACAGAAGGUAUAUUGUUUUGGUCGAUAGCACUGGUAGCAUUUUAUGGCCUGGCCCGGUUAGGAGAGUUACUACCACAGUGUCAGCAAGGAAUGCAUAAAAUACCGAAGAUACAAAGC